ACAAAUACCCGGCGGAGGAAACGGCGAGGGGCCACCGAACCCUAAAACCCCACGCCUCCGUCUCCGCCACGCGCCUGCCUCACCAUGGCGGCCGUACAGCGCCUGCUCCGCUCCUCCUCCGUCGCCGCGGCGGGCAGGAGGCGCAUGGCGACGUCGCUGGCGCCCGGGCAGGCGCCCGCGGCGGCGCCGGCCUUCCCGUUCGCGGGGGCGGAGAGGAGGCGCCGGCCGGCGCACGAGAGGAACGUGCAGUGGGUCUUCCUGGGCUGCCCCGGCAUCGGCAAGGGCACCUACGCCAGCCGCCUCUCCCGCCUCCUCGGCGUGCCCCACAUCGCCACCGGUGACCUCGUCCGCGACGAGCUCGCCUCCACCGGGCCCGAUGCUGUGCAGGCAGGUUUGGAUGUUUAG